AUGGCACGGUCCGGAGGGGACCGCGCCCUGGGGCAGUGCCCGGGCCUGCUCAGCCCUGGUGCCUCGUUGCGUUCCCACGUCAGUCGUGGGUUACGCGGAGGCCUGCGGCCUCCUCCCGUCGAUGGCACAGCUAGGGGCUCCCAGGGCCGGCUUCAGGGUGCACCGGUGUGGCACGGCGGUCCCCCUCCUCAGGGUCCUCCUGGCCUCUGGUCUCCGGAGGAAGGGCGCCCAGGGUCGGGCACAGUGUGUCUCCCGUCCUCUCGGGUGGGCCGCAGAUUCCUCUGCGGUGACCUGGCAGGCAGGCGCGGGUCUGCGAGCCCUGAGGCCAGGCGCGGUGCCGCGGCCCCGCGGGCCGCUUGGCAGAGGUCCGUCUCCCCUUGCGAGGGCGACGUGAUCUCCUCCCGCUGUGGCCCUGGCCUGCGGGGCUGCAGCCCUUGUGUCCCCUGUGAGGGCCACGCUGGUGUUCCUGGGCCGUGGGCGGGGGCCACGUGCGUCGCCUGCCGCGGGCCGCAACCUUGCAAAGGUCAAAGCCUGUCUGCGGCUGCCCUCCCUGCAGCUUCCGGCCGUCGGCGGCGGGGUCCAUUUGGCAGAGUUCGCGGGAGGGAAUUUCCAUGCAGGUGGGAACACACUCCCACGGAGCGGGCCGCCCAGGGAAUGCUCGUUCCCUCGCGGGCCGGGGCCCUGGCGCCCAGGGGCCGUGGCCUCGCCGCCACCCUGCCGCCCCGGCCCUUCUGGCAGAGGGGAGAGGUGGGGGCACCGUUUGUCCCGUGGCCGCCUGGGAGGGCUCUGCCUCGUCCUCUGCCCCGUAGCCUGCGGGCCAGGGCGGCCAGACUCCCUGUGGGCAGCUUUUGGGUUUUCCUGGGACCCCUGAGGUUCCAUCCAGUGCUGGCUUCCACGGUGCACGUGGAAUGGGUGGGCAGCGGCGGGGACGGAUGCGUGUGGAGGUCGGUGGGCACCGCGUGGCCAGAGAGUGUUUGGGAGGGGGAAAGCCUGGCCAACGUCAGUGGCCCCGAGGCGUCCAGCGCGGCCCCCUGGGGUGCAAGGCCACCGGGCCUGGGCCGUCGCCUGGCGCGACGCCGGGGCCAGGGCCUGCGCACCAGGCACGCGUGCCCUUGCAGGGACCACCCAGGCCGCCCGGCUCAGCAGCCCCCUACACCCCCUAGCCCAGCCUCCCAGCACACACGACCCUCCGUGCGCACGAAGAGGCACGCGCUCCUGCUCCCACAGUGCCCUGCGCCCGUGGCUUGUUGCCCGUCCGCAGGCAGCCCCAAGGGGCCGAGGGACAGGACAGGCAGACAGACGCAAGGCGUAGUCACGGACUCGUUCUGCCCGGCGUGGCGAGCGGAGCCCCUGGGUAGCUUGGUCACGCCCGCGGGCGAUUGCUCCCCCUUUCUCAGGUGCAGUGGCCACGCCAGGCUCGCGGUCGGCCGAGAGAAGAAGGCCUCCCUGGCCCCCGAGUGCCUGCGGUUUGCGGUACGGCCGGAAGAAGUGUGGCCCGGAACGGGCACCUUGCUGACGGGAGCGUCCGGACGGUGCAGUGGCCACGCCAGGCUCGCGGUCGGCCGAGAGAAGAAGGCCUCCCUGGCCCCCGAGUGCCUGCGGUUUGCGGUACGGCCGGAAGAAGUGUGGCCCGGAACGGGCACCUUGCUGACGGGAGCGUCCGGACGGUGCAGUGGCCACGCCAGGCUCGCGGUCGGCCGAGAGAAGAAGGCCUCCCUGGCCCCCGAGUGCCUGCGGUUUGCGGUACGGCCGGAAGAAGUGUGGCCCGGAACGGGCACCUUGCUGACGGGAGCGUCCGGACGGUUAAUGUGAACCAAAACCUUGGUUUCAUAUGAAUAAAAAGUAUCUCCUUCCUCUUGCGAUGUGACAAGGAACAAAGUAUUGGGAAUAAUUCUACCAUCUCAUCCUCAAGAACCAGUAGGAAUUCUACCACCAGAAUAACAUGACAACUCUUUGAGUGCCUGGCUGGCAGCAUCCAUAUAUUCAUAGUAACCAGACCCUGGAGAACCAGAAUGUGAGGAGAGAGACCAGUGGUUAUGCCUACCCUUGAGCCAUUCACACAUUUUUCUUACAUGCCAAAAUCUUCAGAGUGAGGAGAAGUUGAUUGAGACCAACUAGAUUUAGAGGUGAUAGUGGAAUUGGAUGGAAUUCCUAUUACUGCUCCAAUGAACUACUGAUUUUGUUACUUGUUACCAGCUCACUUCUAUGGGAAUAAUCAGAAUAGUGCACUCCAGAGAUGGUCUUGUGAAAAUUGAUAAGCUAGAAACAAUUUUCUUUUGCCAAUGGAACUGUGGGAGCUUCUCUUGGACUUCAUGAGAUGGUAAUGAUGGGGCCUAAAAGGGAAGAGAAAUUGUCUAUGCCUUUGCCUUUCUUGAAUUCUAUCUCCAGAGAGUAAGAUAACAACUUAAUUUUAAGUCAGUGAUUCUCCAUUCCUACCUGUGGUCUUUUGGACACCCUUGCAGAAGAUCACUUCUUGGGAAUUCAUUUGAAGUGAAUGAUACCAGUAAAUCCUUGAAACAAGACUCUUCAGACAAAGGGGCUGUUGUCCAAAUGCUACCCUCUGAAGGUGAUGACCACAAAUGUGAGGUGGAUUUAUUACUGAGGGUGCCAUUACUUCUACUACAAGCUUCACCAAAACAAUGAUACAGUCUUCUUUAUGCUUGGAGACUCGUCUCUUUCCUGUGUUGCAGUGGACACCUCCUGCAGAUAAGAAAUGCUUAACUGAGAAAUGCUCAUGUUGGGAUAUCAUCGAUGAGACUUUAAUUUGGGCAUGGUGACUGUUUCCCUUGCUGCCACUUGACUCAAUCCCAGGAGCCUCAGUAGAGGAAAUAUUAUUGCACAAGAAUCUCAAAAUGAUGGAAUUGCUCAGUGCUCCCAUAAAUAUACAUUUAUAAUUUCCAUUUGCCAUAUGGUAAAAUUUAAAUAUUGGAUAUAUUGAAAAGAAACUACACAAUUUUUUUUUCAAAACUUCAAAGUGUAUCUAAAUAUCUAAUAUAUAAAUUAAGUUCCCUCCUCCCUCCCAAUUCUACCCUCCCAAAGUUUUCUUCUAUUAAGGGAGUUGUGUGCAUUCUUUAAGUGGAUAGAUGCACACAUACAAUCACACAGACACAUACACACAAACUAUUUUGAGGGGUUCUGGAAGUAGGGCCAUAUUGUACACAUUCUUCUGCAAAUUGUCUUUCAUUUAACAGUUUUAAUACCCUUUUCUAUUUCAGUAAUACACAUCUGUGUCAUUUGUUGAAUGACUGCACGACUGUUUUGUAGGUGAAAUAUAAUUAAAUGUUAUAAGCAUUUCUCAUUCAUAGAUAUUUAUGUUAGCACCAAAUUUCUGUGCAAUGAAACUCCCUAUCAAUAAUUCUGCACUUGUCUAUUAUAUCAUAAUAAAUUACUUAGCAGUUCAAAUACUGGGAUUAAGGAUAUGCACAUUUCAAAUUAUUACAAGAUUUCCUUAAAAUGUGGUGACAACUUUAUCCUCAAAUGGCAAUGAAUGAGAUUGCCAGCUUUCCCCACAACUUCACAGAUAAUGGAUUUUAUAAAUAUUUAAUUUUUUUGCCAAUGUGAUAGCCCAAACUAUUGUCUUAAACUGUAUUUCUUUUGUUUUUGAGUUUGAUCAUUUUUUCAUGUUUAUUAGCCAUCUGUAUUCUUUAAUUUCCUCUUUAUGUCCAAUUUUGGGGGUGGGGGUUUAGAUUUCUGGUUUUGAAGAGCUCAUUUAUUACUGGGAGAAUAAGCUUUGGAUUGUGAAGCAUUAUAGACAUUUUUAUGCACUUUUAUACUUCAUUUUUGUUGUAAGAAUGUGUAUGAUUGUUAUAUGUCCAAGUAUAACCAUGUUUGCUUUUAUGGCUUCUGAGUUUCAUGUCAUUUUGGAAAAAAUAUUUAUACUGAUUUCAUAAAACCGUUCACCUAUGUUAACUUCUUAUUCUUUUGUGUUUCUUUUAUUCAAAUUCUUAAAUCAUGAGAAAUUUUUUUGAUUUGAAAUCUUAAAGUUGCCAAGUUAUUUGCCAUUACUUGCGAUUAUUUGCCAAUAAUUGCCCAUUUAUCUGUAAUGCCAUCUUGCACAUAUGCUGUAUUUCAUCUGUGACUGGCACCAUUUUUUUUCUGUGGAUAUGUGUGUCUCUUCUUCUGCCUCCUGUCUCACGUGUCUUCUCGUUGGAAGAAAUUACAGUUUAGACUGCAAUUUCAUCAACUUAAGUAAAUUAAUUUAGGGGGAAUUGGUUUUUAGUAAUAUAAGUCUUCCUAUCCAAGGACAAGGUAUGUCUUUCUUUUUAUUCAGCAAUUUUAAUUACUGCUAACAUUUUCAAUUUGUGAUUUUUUUUCAGUUUAUUUUCUUACUUGAUAUUUUUUCUAAAUCUGAAAAUUUUGUUUUGGGGGGGAAGGUGGUCACCUUACUCUUCUCAUGACUUUUCAGAUUUUGUCAAAGUACAUACCAAAUCAUUUGCAAAUACUGAUCAUUUUGAUUCUCUCCUUCCAAGUGAUCUUGAUUUAAUUAUGUUGAUAAUGUUCACUGACUGGUACUUUCAGAGCACUUAAAUGUGGAAAUUUUACCCACCCUUGAUUUAAUCAAACCUUGGGUUUGACCAGUAUAUUGUUGCUGGUCUAUUAACCAAAAAGACUCCAAGAAAGAACGAUGAUCAAGAAAAGCUGAGUGACUAAGUAAACUUACUGCAGCAAGGGAAAACACCACUUUGACAACGUUUAGUAGUGUUUUAAAAGUAAGCUUUGGGGUCUGGGUUGGUGUGGUUUGAGGUGGGUUUUUCAAAAAAUGGAAAUGGUUAAGAAUGGACAAAAUUUGGCAUACAAUAGUUUAAGAUUGGUAAAAGAGUAACAUGAGGUCCUUGAUGGGAGUGUAGAUAAUCAAAAUUUUUGUCUGAUAAAUAAGCUGUUUGCCUACAUGAGUAAGAUAUUUUCAAUAAUAGAAGAGCUAUAGUUUAGAUGGGAAAACUGUCAAUGUAUUUAUUGGUUUGUAGUUCUAUCUUGUGUAUAGGACUCUGCUAGGGGUGGUAUCAGGUCCUAAACUUAAUAGGUAAGUUAUUUUUAUUUAGGUGGUCUCAAUCAUUAAUGCAAUAUUUGAAUUUUAAAUUUGAGAUAAUUUUGUGUAUCAUAUUAGGUAAGUUUCCCACCUUUUAUAUUUUUAAGAAAUUUCAUCAAAAUCAGGUGGUAAUGUAAUAAAUGUUUUUUCCUAAAAAAAUUGUAUUAUUCUUCAAUUAAACUUUUAUUAUUGUGAAAUAA